GAGGGGUUUUACAUUUGUAUUAAUUAACUUUGAUUUAAGAAUGGAGGCAGAAAGAAUGGACAGAAGAGAAAAGAAAGGAAAGAAAACUGUGAGAACUGGAUCCAAAGGUGGAUUUUGGCAGAAGUAAUGGCUUUCCUGCGAACUGGAGAUUGCAUAUGUGCAGACUGUACUGGGACAUUUUUGAUAUAAAACAUAUUUUAUAAUAAGACAUAUGUUUGAAGGUACAAAAGAAUUUACGCUGUGCACUUACAGUGAACAGUCUCAGCUAUGAUGGAAUACAAUGUAUUUACUGCUAAAAUAAGAAAUAAUCAUAUUGUACUGUGAUUUCAGUGUAAAACUAGUGAACAGUUUGUCUAUUGUACAUUGAACAUGAACAAUAAACAUUGAACAUGUACAUUAAACAGGCUCUGGCAGUUAUGCAGUACAUUUCAAAGUGGAUUGAACGCAUGUACAAUGUACAUUUAAUUCUGUCUUAAAACCAAUGUGAAAACUGUUUAAAAACUUCAAAUUUAUAUCCAAACAAUUUUUUUUCAAUUUCUCGAGCACAGAAAAUUAUUUCAGAGUUAUAAUGGGGAUAGAAGAUAUCAAAGCACAAGUACAAAAAAUUCAGGAGGAAAAGUUGGAGAAGAAAGGAAUUAAAGUUGUUAAAGAAGAUAUUCAAGCUGCUGAAUUUGAAUGGAUUAAGUUAAAUCAAGAGCUAGCAGGGAUAGGGGACUCCGGAACUGUUCAAAAAGGAGAAACUUCUAAAGAGAAGUUUUAUAGAAAAUUUCAAGAAAAUCCUCUGGUUCCUAUUGGAGCAGGAUUAACAGCUGGAUGCCUUAUGUUGGGUUUAGGAAAAUUUGCCAGAAAGGAUAGUGCUGGAUCACAGACUAUGAUGAGAGGAAGAAUUGCAGCUCAGGCUAUUACUGUAAUGGCAAUGUUGAUUGGAGUUUCUGUUCAAAUGAAGAAACAGAUGGCUAAAUCUAGUCCGUAGACAUACACAUUUGUUUGUUUUCAAACAUAGUUUAGUACUGUAGAGCAAGUGCAAGGAUAUUUAGAAAAGUGAAGCUAGAUUUUCAAAGCUUUUAAAUGCCAGCAAUUUUCUUCGUUGUCUUCCUUUGUAACCAAAGUACUCAACAUCAUAUAAACCCAUCAUUUAUCAAUAACUUGAACAUCUUAAAAAUAGAAAUACAUUAGUCUGAUGUUGUAUGAUUUUGAUACAAAGUAAAUCUUUUUGAUGGAGUUUUUCUGGCUCCAAAGUUCUAAGAUGUCUCGCAUAACUUAAAUAACUAUCAUUGAUACAGUUUUAGAACAUCACAAUGCUUGUCAUUGUUUUUAUGUAUAUAAUAUUAUUAUUUGAUUUACAAAUAAAUACCUCCAGUCAAGAACCACUAGGUAAAAAAAAACUGAUGAUUUAAUCAAGAAAUAUAAUUUAAAAGGGGUAUGUUCAUUAAAGCUUAAGGAUGUAAACUUAAAAUGGGUUAUUAAAUUGAAAACGUUCUAUAAAUAGUUUUUUUUUCUCUAAAUUAUUUCCCCCACAAAGCCAUUAAUUGUAUUGACCCAAAAGUUGGCGUCACGAAAAAAAGGCAAACCUCUGUGGCUCUGUAAAUUUUCAGAAAAUAAUUUAAGAAUGGUAAAAUAUAUUACAAAACUGUU